CACUAUUCCUUGCGGUUCCAUGAUGGUGUCUCACGCGUAGAGGACUCGUAAAGUGGGCUGUAUUUUAAAUGUAACCAGUAAACCUGGAGAAUGAAAGCGUUGUUAGCAUCUAAACUAGUCCACGUCGGCAGUCUGCGGUGUGUGAGCAGUGUGUUAUGGAUUCAGGACCUGGUGGUGGGUUCGAACCCAGAGCUGGUUCUGAGUCUCGGCUCGCAGGCGGAGGUCAGGACGGAGUUCGUCACUGAAGAGGAGGAGGAAGCAUUUUUACGAGAGCUGGAACCCGGACUGAGGAAGAAACGCUACGAAUUCGAUCACUGGGAUGACGCUAUUCAUGGGUAUAGAGAGACUGAACGUGUGACAUGGGGAGCACAAUGUAUGAACACCUUAAAGCGCAUGCAAUCUGUAGCGUUUGCUGAGGGCAGCUCAGUCCUUGGGCCUGUGCACAUUUUAGAUCUGGACAAAACCGGCUACAUCAAACCUCACAUCGAUAGCAUCAAGUUCUGUGGCAACACCAUCACUGGAUUGAGUCUCCUGUCAGACAGCGUUAUGCGCCUCAUCAAGGAAGGUGUUACAGGUGAAUGGAUGGACUUGCUGCUGCCACGGCGCUCUCUCUACAUACUGAGGGACCAAGUGAGAUACAACUUCACACAUGAGAUCUUGAAAGAUGAAGAGUCAGUGUUUAACGGACACAGAGUUCCUCGUCAGCGUCGUAUCUCAGUUAUCUGCCGAAACCUUCCCGACUAAAGCAGGAAGAGCCUACGAGAAAAAUGACUGCUAGUCUGACUUAUUUAAGACAACCAAUGAAGUAAAGCUGACCCUUGAAAUGUGCAAUGCCAGGAUUUCAACAAUUAUAUGUUGAAUUAUUUGUUGAAAUCUUGGAACUGCAAACUUCUGGAGGGACUAACAAGGUGGCAUCAAUAUGUGCCAUCAAACAUGGCAUAUAUUGCCACCUGUGACAAUUAUGCUGAGGAUAAUGUAUGACUCCCCACACAUUAACUUGGCAUACAUUGUCGCUGGCUUUGGAAAUGAAAUUGAAAAGUUCAUUUUAGUCUACUGUAUAUGUAAUUUCACACCACAUCUACAAGUAUGUUGAGAAAGACAGAAGGAAGAGUGUUUUAGCUACAUUCUAAUGAAAUCCUAUUAAGGGUGUUUUAGCUACAUUCUAAUGAAAUCCUUUCUGCAGGGUUGUGUGGACUUGUGAUCACGUUGAGUUGUUGAACUUAACCGUUGUUAAUCAGAAAAUAACAGUGCUGUCCUGAUUUAGUACAUUUGUGUACAAACAUACCAUCUGGCAACCGCACCUGCUUUUAACGGUCUAAAUUCAGAAUUAACAACAACAAAAAAACCUUUGUGAUGAAGGGUUGUGUAGACUUGUGAUGGUGCCAUUUGUGCUUUACAACAUAACUGUUGUUAAAGAAUCUGAAAAUAAAUUAGUUAUUUCUUUUUUGGUGAAUUUCUGUUUGGAAAUAUACCUUCUGUCUCAGUGACAACCGCAAUUGUGUAUGUUGAAUCAUUAAAGCAUAACAGAAAAUACUCAAGUAGCAGUUUCUUAAAGACAAGAACCUUGUACACACAGUUGUAGAUUAGAGAUUGUAAUCCAGCACAGUGAGUACACUUCUAAACACAUACUGUCAGUAUCAACCUGAAACACUUUGAAAUGCAAGCUUCUGAAGAAACAGGCAAAAUUUGUUAUUGACAAUUUUAAGAACAGAUUUAUUUUCUCAUUUAGAACUGCAAUGCAUCUUUAAUGAAAGAAUGAAUUAAAUGAAUUUACAACAAAGC